AUGGCUGGUGAUCCAUUCCUUUCAGAUCCCUCGAAAAAGAGGAAGAGGAAUAGAGUAACGAGUCUUGCCAAGAAACAAAAGACUCCAACCCCUUCGCCAGCGCCCCACGACUCAGAAAUAUCUAGUGAAUCAGACCUUUCUGGAUCUGAAGAUGAAGCCAAAUUCGAGAAGGAAGACGGAGAUUUAGAAUCCGAAGACGAGUUUGCCGCUGAAGGAGCCGCCGAAAAAAGAAGAAGACUUGCCAAGCAAUAUUUGGACAACCUAAAAGCCCAAGAGAUCGAUGGUGAUGACUUCGAUGCUGCAGACUUAGAUGAGGACCAUUUGGCUCGGAGACUUCAAGAAGAUGUGGCAGAAACAAAAGGUUAUGUGUACAAAUUCUAUUCUGAUAAGGUGGAACCACAGUUGGGUGAGGUGCAGCCCAGAACCGUCCGUAUUGGCUCGAAAAACGUCACCGGUGUUUCUGUGAAAUACCCUUACAUAUACACUGUGUCCAAAGACAUGGAGUUGAUCAAAUGGCGCCACACCAGCGGCAAAAAACCACAAAGAGUCAAACACACCAAGGGUGGCUCCAGAUUCUUCAAACUCAAUGCGUCUAAUCCAAGUGCCAAUCACCACUGGGACCAGAUCAACUGUGUGGCUGCUUCACCUGAUGGGAAGUUUGUUGUCACAGGAGGCAGCGAUGCUAGACUCAUAAUUUGGUCUGCGGAGAACUUGUCAUGCUUGAAGGUGUUGGAUACCAGAGAGGCUGUCAACUCGAUCACAUUCAGAAGAGGCACCGACCAGCUUUAUGCCGCAUGUGCAGACUUGAGAAUCAGAACUUUCUCCAUCAAUCAGUUUGCCCAGUUGGAGAUCUUGUACGGCCACCAGGAUAACAUUACGGAUAUUAGUGCAUUGGGAAGAGAGACGUGUGUUUCGGUUGGAUCGCGAGACAAGACUGCCAUGUUCUGGAAGAUUGCCGAGGAAUCUCGUUUGACUUUCAGAGGUGGAGAUGCAGAGAAGAAAAGAAAAAAGACAGAUGAUGUUGCUGCUGCUGCUCCAGAGGCUGCCUUCCAUGCUGAAGGCUCUAUCGAUGUUGUUUCCAUGGUGGACGAAUCACACUUUGUCACUGGAUCCGAUAACGGUAACGUUGCAUUGUGGUCUUUGUCUAAGAAGAAGCCAUGUUUCACACAGAGAGUUGCCCACGGACUACUUCCUCAAUUUGAGCCAUCGCAAGCCAGCGCGGAAACCCAAGAGGAUGUUGCAGCAAGACAAAUUCCUGAAAGACAGCCGUACUGGAUCACUGCAAUCUACUCUGUACCAUAUAGUGACAUUUUCAUAACCGGAUCCUACAGUGGAGAGAUCAAGGUGUGGCGAAUUGACAGGGAAAACUUCAGAAAGUUUUCUCUUCUAGGCAGCGUGGCAAUGAAGGGAGUGGUGGUAAACAUAGAUGGUGCCGAUUUGCAAGACGACAAGAAGUUGGUGGUGUACGUGGCAACAGGCAAAGAGCAUAAGCUUGCUCGGUGGUUGGGCAAGGUUGAGGGCCGGAAUGCCUUGACGUGCUUGACGUUCGAUCUUUAG